AUGAAGUCGUCGUCAUUGUCGUCUUCAUCAUCAUCAUCAUCCAGAUCAUCACCAGCGUCAGGAAGGUUGGGAGACUCACCGUCUUUUUCAUCAUCGUCGUCUUCCUCAUCACUAGCACUGGCUGUAGAGGCGAUAGCAAGGUCAUUGUCGCGAGCUUCAGCUUCAGCUCAGGCGGCAACAUCCUCAGCUACAAGAGCUUCACAGGAAGUUGGAUUUUCAUUAACAACCUCAGUUUCAGCUCUAGGAGCUUCAGCUUCAGCGUCAUCAGUUGCUGGUACAACAGGCUCAGGGGCGUUAACAUGUGAGGGACUAGCUUCAGAUCUUGUCUCCCUCUCUUUGGAAAUAGCCAAAGAAGUGGUCAAUGGUCUGGAUUUGUAG